CAGGCAGCCAGUGCAGCUCGGUUCAACUGUGAGCCGCAGGAUCAUAUUCCUUACUCGGACUAAAGCGGAGAAAAUGUCAAUCUUUGGCAGAUAACUUAUUCUGAAUCGACUUCUUGUGAUGUAUCCGGACACAAAGUAUGGCAGUGACCUUUAAAAACUGACACAAAAAAAGAAGAAGAGUCAGUGAAGCGAUGAUGAACUCAGGCAUGCACAAGCCACCUGUGGCCCCAAAACCAAAGCUUGUCCAGCCCCAGAGGCCAGGGAUGUCUCCCGCAACCCCUAAGAGAGACGGCCUCUCACUUCCAUCUCCUGGCACACCGAGAAGUGUUAAACCCGCGUUGGCCCCCAAACCUUGCCUCUCCAAACUCACCACUGCUGUGGAAUCCAAACCACUGGCUUCAAAGAGCCCGCACCAAACAUCUGUGACAGAAACCCUGUGGACUGAAGGUCUUCUUAACUCCCAAAAUGGAAUACAGCAAGAGAACAAAAAGCCAGAUUGGGAUUAUAUUAUUCCUAUUUGUCUGUGUAGCAAUGAAAACUGCAUGUGCAUCAGGAAGACAUCAGUAAACAAAAUGGAGAAAACGUUGCACAAACAUCAAGAAAACAUAAAGCUUCCUUCAUCUCGAGGUACUGUGGAUAAUGGUGAAGAGAAAAUGAGCACUGCCUCCUCCAACACCCAGCUCACAAACCAUAAACCUCUUCAAGAAACCUUUACUUUGGACAAAAAUCUCAACACAAACAUCAGUACUGUGAGUGUUAGGCCGUCCCUUCCUCAUAGAACGUGGAGCGAUGAGGCAAAUUGUAACGUAAUACCUCAGAGUGCACCUGGGCGAGAACCAGAGGAAGAUGCUUUUGGCUCAGAGCAAAUGUCUUGCGUGCCACAACCCAAACCAGUCCCUGCAACGCCUAGGAAGCCCAUCCCUGUCCCUGUACCACGGAAACCCAGAAUGGCUAUGCUGGUCCGCCAGGAAAAGGUGGAGGAGGAGAGGGAAGAGAUUGUAAGCCAGGAAGGGAGAAAUAUGAACGUCAGAGAGGUGAAAGUGUCAUCAGAGGGGAAGGGCAACUCAUCACUGUCUAUCAGCGUACCUGUUAAAAAGCAGACAUUUUGUCCAUCUGCGAGAAACACCUGCACUAUGCCUGCCCCUCCGCCCAGGAAAAAGCCUUUUCUGUCUGCACCUGAGAAAGCACCGACCUCUGCUCCUCAGCCACUCCCAAAGGAUGUGGAGGAGGAAGACCUGGGUUGGGACAGCAGCAGCCACGAGAUGGAGGUAUGGGUUGACAAGGAAGAUGAUGAGGUGGAGAAGGAGAAGGACGGAUCGCACGAUCAGGAGGCAGUCUACACUGACUUCACACAUAGUCCUCCUGCUAGCGGUUCUCUCAAUCAACCAGAGCUCAGCCUAGAGCCGCCUGCCAUCACUGUGGCAGUAGAGGAUGUGCCGGUCAAGGUGACUCCAAAGAAACCCCAGAGACACAGCAGCCCGAUGGCAUGGAUGCAGAAGCAGGAAUAUUCUGAGGAGAAAGAAGAGGGGAAAUUAGGAGAUAAUGAGAAGAGGCAGGCCCUUCCUAUGCAAGAUUGUGUUUUGAAGGAGCGAGUAAUGAGGGACCUGCCUUCGCCUCCAGCUGGGAAGACAAGCAGAAACCUCUUUUCGGCUGGAGCCAUCAAGCCUUCUCGGUCGAGCCUGGGCAAACAGCGAGCCAAGUCGUUCUCUGCUGCUGACCUCCAUCGUUCUGACGGUCAGAAGAGGAACUCUUUCCGGAAACUGCUGGACUUGAAGCUCUCGGUGAAGAUUUUUCCUAAGCUGAUAGUAAAAGGAGGCCAGAACUUAGACUGCGUUGCAAAUGACAAUGAACAAAGCGUGGACGAGGACGCGUGUCAGAACUUCCGCGAGCAUCUCAGGUCUAGUCGUAAAUUCUCCUGUCCGCUGAUUGGAGUAGAGCAAAGCGUGGAUGGAGAUGAGGUUUCUCCUGGAGGACAGCAGGAUGUUUACUAUGAGAACAUCGCUCACUAUGAGGAGAUACCAGACUACAUGAAUGUGCAAGUGGGAAGGGCAGCGUCAUCCCUUCGGGCCUCCUUCUCGCAGCCUGACGUCUGGCAGAGCCCAAUGUAUAACGAUGAGGGCAUUUAUGAGGAGCAGGAGCCAUAUUUGUCCUUUGAGAAAAACACUGAACACCAACAGAGUCAGUCACCGACAGACUGUGAGAGAAGCUCUGUCGAUGAGGAGGUGCCCCCCCUGGAUGAUGGCCCCUCGGAUGAUGAUAUUGUGGCCAACAUGUCAGAUGAGGAGGACUAUAGCAGCUCCAUCUCAAGUAAAGGAGACCCUGAGCAGCCAGAGGAGAGUCCGACACAGAGUGGACAGAAGAAGAGCAAGAUUCAUCACAUCGCCACAGAAAUUAUGAGCUCUGAGAGUGUAUUUGUUGACGUCCUGAAGUUGCUUCAUGUUGACUUCCGCGAUGCGGUGUCCAAAGCGCCUGGUCAGAGUGGGAAGCCUGUGAUUGAGGAGCGGCACCUCAAUCAGAUCCUGUACUACCUCCCGCAGCUCUACGAACUCAACCAAGACCUGCUCAGAGAGCUGAAGGAAAGAGUCGCCAAAUGGCACGAUAAUGCCCAGCUAGCAGACAUUUUCCUGAAGAAAGGGCCCUACCUGAAGAUGUACUCCACAUACAUCCGCGAGUUUGACAAGAAUGUGGCUCUACUGGAAGAGCAGAGUAAGAAGAACCCAGCAUUUGGCGCAGUGGUACGGGAAUUUGAGGCCGGUCCACGCUGUGCCAACUUGGCUCUGAAGCAUUACCUCUUGAAGCCUGUUCAGAGGAUUCCUCAGUAUCAGCUGUUGCUCACAGACUAUCUGAAAAACCUGUCUGAAGACUCAAACGAUUACAAGGACACACAAGCUGCCCUUGCAAUUGUGAAAGAGGUAGCCAAUCAUGCCAACGACAUCAUGAAGCAAGGGGAUAACUUCCAGAAGCUGAUGCAGGUGCAGUGCAGUCUGAACGGCCACCAUGAGAUAGUCCAACCUGGGCGGAUCUUCCUGAAAGAAGGAAUUCUGAAGAAGUUGUCCAGGAAGGUCAUGCAGCCCAGAAAGUUCUUCCUGUUUAACGACACGUUGCUUUACACCACUCCUGUUCAGUCAGGCCAGUUCAAGUUAAAAAACAUGUUAUCUCUGGCUGGGAUGAAGGUUAGCAAACCAAGCCAAGAGGCCUAUCAGAAUGAGCUGAACAUUGAGAGCGUGGAGCGCUCCUUCACUCUCUCUGCAAGUUCAGCCACAGAGCGAGACGAAUGGCUCGAGGCCAUUUCUAAGGCGAUCAGUGACUACACCAGGAAGAAGAUCAGUUUUAUAACUGGCAAGUCGCUAGAAGAGGCAGAGCUGAGCGAUUGUGAUGAUGGUGCCCUUUUGGGAUCCAAAGCCCCUAUUUGGAUCCCAGACCCACGGACCACCAUGUGUAUGAUCUGUGCCUGUGAGUUCACCUUAACAUGGAGGCGACAUCACUGCCGUGCAUGUGGAAAGGUGGUGUGUCAGUCUUGUUCCUCCCAAGAAUACUGUCUUGAAUACCUAAAGAACCAGCUAGCACGAGUGUGUGACCAGUGUUUCGUUGUUCUUCAGCAGCAGAAAAGUGAGCGAGCCCUAUCAGCAGCUGUCUCCCCUGGAAACAGAGCUACCUUUGCUUUCUCCAGGAGGCAGAAGAAAAUACCUGCGGCCCUCAAAGAGGUGUCAGCAAACACAGACUCCUCCAUGAGUGGGUAUCUGCAGAGGUCAAAGGGCAAUAAGAAGCAGGGGAAGAGGCUGUGGUUCGUCAUCAAAGACAAAGUCCUGUACACGUAUGCUGCAAGUGAGGAUGUUGCAGCCCUAGAAAGUCAGCCCCUGUUAGGGUUUAUGUUGAAAGUGGAUUCAUCACAAAAGUUACAGUUUAAACUUUACCACAAAAACACGCUUUACUACAUUUUUAAAGCUGAUGAUGUCCAAACAGCACAGAGAUGGAUCGACUCAUUCAAGGAGGCCACGGUGCUUUAAUAUCAGUCGACAGUGUGUGUAGCUGUGCCCUUGCGUAUAAAUAUGUUUUACCUCAGUGCUCUCUGAAUUCUACAAAAAGCAUCUGGAGACACCGCAUUAGUUCCACUGACAUAAAAUCCAAAUGUAUUUCAUUGCUUUUGUCAUUUAGUUACCUUUUACAUUGUUUUAAGAGCACUCCUGUGGAGGUGGGAAUUACCCAUGUUAUUUUGGAUUUUUUAAUCAUGUAGCUACAACUUAAGAAUCGUACCACAAUCAUCUCUAGCUAUUUUAGACUGGUACUUUUGUUUAUUAGUUUUAGUAAUCUGCACAGAUACGUUAAUAAAAGCCCAAUGUUGGUAGAUUUGUAAUGAAUACUGUCAUAACAUUUUGACCCACAUUUACCGAAUAAUUUUUCCAGGUCAAAACAAAUCGUAUAGAUGUUUCUGGAUGUUAAUAAUUACUUUAUUUUACACUUGUGAAGUUGACUAUAGAACACACAAUGUGCACUUAUCAUGCUUGUGUAGGAAACUAUCACCUCACAUUAUUAAGCCUUUCUGUAGCUUUGAAACUAACCUACAGUCUUAAUUUGUAUCUGGAAUAUUCACUGUUUGAACACAACUGUACCAUAAUGUGUACUGCACUUAAGUGACUCAAAUGACUGUACAUAGAUAAUAUCCCUACACAGAUAGCCUCUUUAAAUAUAGAGGAUUGUAAAUUAAUUGUAUUAAAUCUCACUUUUACUGGUUAAAUUCUGUCACUGAAAUAAAUUUUUGUUUUUACUGUG